AUGGAUACAAUAAGUGAUUAUUGUUUCACGUCUGCCUACAUUUUCGAUCUUGAAAUUCCAAACACAAUAACAAAAAUCGGAAAUUAUGCAUUUUCAAGAGCUGUUUUUAAACCAUUCUCAACACAAAACUUAAACAGGAAUUUAGAAUUUGGAACAAGUACAUUUGCAUACACAAGUAUUGAAAAUUUCACACUUCCAUCAGGAAUAUCGUUUGUUAAUCCUGGUUUGUUCUCAUGUUGUCAAUAUCUGAAAUCAAUCCAAAUUCCACAUGUUGAUUACAUUGGUAAAUAUGCAUUUUUCAACUGUAGCAGCUUAGAACAUGUUUACAUAAAUUAUGGUUGCAAAGAGAUUGGAGAAUUUGCAUUCUCACAGAGUGGAAUCAAUUCUAUUACAUUCCCUGAUUCAAUAACAAAAAUCGGAAGCAAUGCAUUUUCACAUUGUAUCAAUCUCAAGAUAUUCUCAGUCCCAAAGAAUUUGAUAUCUGUUCAAUAUCAGACAUUCGUAAACUGCACUAAUAUUACAUCGAUUGAUCUCCAUCAUGUAUCAUCGAUAAGUUCACUUGCAUUCUAUCAUUGUAUUAAUUUGAUCAAAAUCAUCAUUCCUCGAAAUUGUAAAAUUGUUGAUAGUUAUGCAUUCAGUGACUGUUUGAGUCUUUGUACUGUCAUAAUUUGUCAAAAAGUCACAACAAAUCCCUUCUCAUUCUCAAACUGUACAAAUCUUAGUUUGAUUAUCUUCAAAGAAACAUCAACAAUCAAAAACGACACAUUCACUAACUGCACAAGCAUUCAACACAUUGUGUUAAAUCAAUCUGUUGGUUUUGAUGAAUUUCCAUUUGAUGAAUCUCUUCAAAACAAAAUUGAUCUUUAUUAUUUAAGUUCAACACUUCGAUUCUCUGUGAAUAUAGGUCUAUAUAUUCAUAAUGUUACAGCACUUGAUACAUUUAUGAAUCCGAAAUUCUUUGGUUUUACACCAACGAAAGUUUCGAAUACAACAAUGAAUGAAACAAUCUUUAGCUUAGAUUGUGCUCCCGAAAUUGAUUUUUCAGAUGAUUAUGUUUCAAAUGAAGAUAAAAUAACAAUAACAGCAGGAAUCAUUCCUGUGAAACAUAAGAUCCACAUUGAUGUUAAUAAUGGCUUUGUUAUCUGCAAGAUUUCCUUAUUCAAUGCAUUAUCAGCAGUCAAUAUAUUCCUUGAUCUAAAAAAAAAUAAUAAUUAA